AUGCCGAUGCCACUGAAAAUUAUGAUUACUAUAUCCGCACAGCCUCAUACUUGGACUACUUGGGUAAUUCUCAUCAACAUUUCGUAUGAAAGGCGCAUCAAGCCCUACCUGAUUCCCCUCGUGUGCCUAAAGAUGCAUUUUAUUGCCACUAACAAAAUGGUGAGCUAUUCUAAAAACAGGCACACCAUGAUAAUUAAGAUGAUUCUUCAAAUGAGAGAUGUUCCAAAAUUUAGUGAUUACCUGAUGUUUCAGAUGAUGAUCAGGAUGAUUGACAAGGAAGAAAUGUUCCACAGGCUUGCUAUCUGA